AAUAGUUCUCACAGAUAUUUAAAAACCAUCAGUGUAAAGCUCCUGGGUCCCCCCGCCCCCCUUUUUUUCCCUUCUGGGUGAACUUAUGACUUGACCGGUAUAGUGAUAUUUCCCUUAUAUCUCUUUUUCCCCAGAGAUGGGCAGCAGUGAACCCCUUCCCAUUGCAGAGGGUGACAAGAGGAAAAAGAAGAAGCGGAAGGCCCGGGCCACUGACUCCUUACCAGGGAAGUUUGAAGAUAUGUACAAGCUGACCUCUGAAUUGCUUGGAGAGGGAGCCUAUGCCAAAGUUCAAGGUGCUGUGAGCCUGCAGAAUGGCAAAGAGUAUGCGGUCAAAAUCAUCGAAAAACAAGCAGGGCAUAGCCGGAGUAGGGUAUUUCGAGAGGUGGAGACGCUCUAUCAGUGUCAAGGAAACAAGAACAUUUUGGAGCUGAUUGAGUUCUUUGAAGAUGACACAAGGUUUUACUUGGUCUUUGAGAAAUUGCAAGGAGGUACUUACUGCUCCAUCCUGGCCCACAUCCAGAAGCAGAAGCACUUCAAUGAGCGAGAAGCCAGCCGAGUGGUACGGGAUGUGGCCACUGCGCUUGACUUCCUGCACACCAAAGGCAUCGCUCACCGCGAUCUGAAGCCGGAAAAUAUACUGUGUGAGUCUCCAGAAAAGGUGUCUCCAGUGAAAAUCUGUGACUUUGACUUGGGCAGUGGGGUGAAGUUGAACAACUCCUGCACCCCCAUAACCACACCAGAGCUGACCACUCCAUGUGGCUCUGCAGAGUACAUGGCCCCGGAGGUGGUGGAGGUCUUCAGGGACGAGGCCACCUUUUACGACAAGCGCUGUGACCUGUGGAGCCUGGGCGUGGUCCUCUACAUCAUGCUGAGCGGCUACCCCCCCUUCGUAGGGCACUGUGGGACCGACUGUGGCUGGGACCGGGGAGAGGUCUGCAGGGUGUGCCAGAACAAGCUGUUCGAGAGCAUCCAAGAAGGCAAGUAUGAGUUUCCUGACAAGGACUGGGCACACAUCUCCAGCGAGGCCAAAGACCUCAUCUCCAAGCUCCUGGUUCGAGAUGCAAAGCAGAGACUGAGUGCUGCCCAAGUUCUGCAGCACCCUUGGCUGCAGGGGCAAGCUCCAGAAAGGGGACUCCCCACGCCGCAAGUCCUCCAGAGAAAUAGCAGCACGAUGGACCUGACGCUCUUCGCAGCUGAGGCCAUCGCCCUUAACCGCCAGCUUUCUCAGCGCGAGGAAGACGAGCUGGCAGAGGAGUCCGAGUCCCUGGUCGAGGGCCUCUGCUCUGUGAGGCUCUCCCCUCCCUGCAAGUCGCGCCUGGCCCGCCGGAGGGCCCUGGCCCAGGCAGGCCGCAGCGGCGACCCGGAACCGUGCCCAACUCCCGCCGCACUCUGACCCACUCCGGCCACGGCUUCCCGGACCUCGGCCCGCCCAGCGCAGCCAAAGUCUGCAGAGCACGCAGAGGAAGCUGCUCCGUGGCCCCCCGUCCUGGCCAAGGCCCUGAGGUUCCCACCCAACCCCCCAUCUCCCCGGAGUCCUCAAGGAAAAAGCUCCAUCCGGAGGGGUUGUCUUUGAAAAGGAAAGCAAUCACUUGUCACUUUGCAUAAUCGCCUGCGGCAGGGACAUCUCUGCCGGGCUCCCGCCCACCUGCUCACCCGCCUGCAGAUCCAGGAUCCGCCUGCUCUCCUGGGCGGGCGGGCAGCAGCGGGCUGGGGCUGCGGCCUUCAGGGAGCCAGGAUUGAGAAGCGGCAGUUGACAGAGGCUCUUUACUCUCCCUACACUGUCACUGCCCCCCCCUACCCCCCGCUGGUCCUUCCUUUGUCCUCCGGAUGUCCUCCCCUCGGCUGAGUGAAGCCAUCCCUUCAAUUCAGGAAAGGGCAGGGAGCCUUCCGCGUUCAGGAGGCCAGAUCAGUCUUCCAGUCUGUGGUACGGGAGAAGCACAUAAUCUUUAUUUGCUGGGACCAAAACGUGUCCCUCAUUUAUCAUCCUCUUCCUUGUUUGGGAUUGCUGCUGAAGUCCGUAUUAUUUCGUUUAAAAAAAAGUUUGUUUUUUUAACCAUGCACUUCCAGCAAAGAUGGGACUUUAAACUCCCACUGCAAGCCGGCGGAUUUUCCAGAUUUUCCAGAACAUGUCAUGGCGUGCUCUUCCUUGAAUGUCCAUGCAUGUGGAAGGUUUUAUUCAGCUGUUUCCUGUUAUUCUAAUUGGUUUUAAGCUGUUAAGAAGACGAGUGACUUAGAGGCUGUGUCUGCUGGAGGGCAGCACCAGUCCAGGCCAGUUAGAAGGGGCUCCGUGCCCGAUGUAGCACCAGAUCGCAGGCAGCCCUGGUCCGAGCCAUGUGCCGGCCUGCUGCCAGAGAGCCUGAGGGCGCAUCUGGUCUCCCGAGAAGCCGAGUUGCCCAGCUGCCUAAAGAAAAUGGAUCUGUACAAGUCAGACAGACACACAGCAGUGCUAUUAUACAGUGUGCUUGUUUUAAUAAAACUGUUUUAA